GAGCUGUUCUCCAAUCCUCUGGCUCCUGAUGGCCAUGAUGUGGAAGAUUUGCAUUCAUUCCAGUCAAAACUUACAAAUGAAGAUUUCCGUAAACUUCUUAUGACCCCUCGGUCUACUCCAUCUUCUGCGCCCCCUACUAAAUCUCGCCAUCAUGAAAUGCCACGUGAAUAUAAUGAGGAUGAAGAUCCAGCUGCCCGUAGGAGGAAGAAAAAAAGCUACUAUGCGAAGUUGCGGCAGCAGGAAAUUGAGCGGGAGAGGGAACUGGCAGAGAAAUACAGAGACAGAGCCAAGGAACGACGUGAUGGAGUCAACAAGGACUAUGAAGAAACAGAACUUAUCAGCACAACAGCCAAUUACCGAGCUGUAGGCCCUACAGCUGAAGCUGACAAAUCAGCAGCAGAAAAGAGGCGUCAGUUGAUCCAGGAGUCCAAGUUCUUGGGUGGUGACAUGGAGCACACUCACUUGGUGAAAGGUCUGGAUUUUGCCCUGCUGCAAAAGGUCCGUGCUGAAAUUGCCAGCAAGGAAAAAGAGGAGGAAGAUUUGAUGGAAAAGCCUCAAAAAGAAACCAAGAAAGAUGAGGAUCCUGAGAUAAAAAUUGAAUUUAAAACCCGGCUAGGUCGAAAUGUCUACCGUAACCUAUUUAAAGGCAAGGCAUAUGAGCGCAAUGAACUCUUUCUGCCAGGUCGAAUGGCUUAUGUAGUCGAUUUAGAUGAUGAGUACGCGGACACAGAUAUUCCAACCACACUCAUUCGAAGCAAGGCUGACUGUCCAACCAUGGAGGCUCAAACAACUCUCACAACAAAUGACAUAGUCAUCAGCAAAUUGACUCAGAUCUUGUCUUACCUGAGGCAAGGAACACGUAACAAGAAACUGAAGAAGAAGGACAAAGGCAAACUGGAUGAAAAGAAGCCUCCAGAGGCAGAUAUGAACAUCUUUGACGAUAUUGGAGACUAUGUUCCAACCACAGCUAAAGCACCUCGUGAGAAGGAGAGAGAAAAACACAAGGAGAAGGAGCGAGAUAGAGAAAGAGAACGUCCACGGGAAAGAGAGAGGGAACGAGAUCAUGAAAGGGAAAGAGAGAGAGACAGGGACAGGCCACGGGAUAGAGAAAGGGACAGGGAUGAGGACAAGAGGAGGCACAGCUAUUUUGAGAAACCAAAGGCUGAUGAUGAGGCUAUUGAUGCCGAAAAAGGUCCAGGAUCCACAAAGGACUUGCUGAAAUCGAUCAAUGAUAACUUUGCUGGAACACAAGGAUGGGAUGGAAUGGAAUUAAAGAAACAUGAAGAUAAGAAGCAGGUUGGGGAUUUCUUUGGCAUGUGGAAUAGCUAUGCAGAGUGUUAUCCUGCAACCAUGGAUGAUAUGGCAGUUGACAGUGAUGAAGAAGUGGAUUACAGUAAAAUGGAUCAGGGUAAUAAGAAGGGUCCUUUGGGACGGUGGGACUUUGAUACACAAGAAGAAUACAGUGAAUAUAUGAACAACAAAGAAGCUCUUCCCAAAGCUGCCUUUCAGUAUGGUAUUAAAAUGUCAGAGGGGCGUAAAACACGAAGAUUCAAGGAGACUAAUGAGAAAGCAGAACUUGACAGACAGUGGAAAAAGAUCAGUGCGAUCAUUGAAAAACGAAAGAAGUUGGAGGCUGAUGGGUAAGUUAACCCAGGAUCAAUUAUACUAA